GUGGCGUUAGAGACUUUUGCUAGUGUUUACUUGUUUAGAAGAAUAAAAUAAGGAAAAAUAAUUUCAAUUUUCUAUAUAAUUCCAACACACAAUAAAGUAUUGGACUUCUACAACUUAUAAUUGAUAUAGAAAAUGCUUACUGAUAAGUGUUCAAUUUGUUUGAAUAUGGCCGAAACCACAAAAAAAUUGGAAGAUGUAGAUGAAAAGAAUAUAAAAUGGUCCAUGAAACUGCAAUAUGUUGUACCAGAAGUGGAAUGGCAGGGAUAUUACUCAAUUUGUGGUACUUGUAUCAAGGAUUUGAAAGCUUGUUGUGUAUUCAAAGAGCUUUGUUUGAGUUUGUUGAAUGCAAAAUCUGAAACAAAAACUUUACAUUUCAAAGAAGAUUAUGAUAGUGAUGUACCUAUGGUAUCUGAACCUGUUGAAGAAGAUGAAAAAGAUGUUUUCAUAUGUUAUCACUGCGACAAAAGUUUCGAUGAUAUAGAUCUUCUGACAGAACAUAUUGGAAAGGAGCAUAAUCAUAGUUCCCUGAGAGUAUCUGAGUACAAAAGUAGCAGAAAAUGUUUACAUUGUAGCAAAACAUUUACGAAUGAUUCUUCUCUUGAAGAGCACACCAUUCAGUGUGAUGUUGUAAGAAGACAUACACAAAUUGGUAAAAAGGAACAUGAAUGUGAUAAAUGCAAACAGAAUUAUUCGUCAAAAGACAAAUUAAGACAACAUGAGAAACGUUGUACUGUAGAAUUUAUUGAUUCUAGAUUUCGGUGUAUGAAUUGUAAAACAUCAUACAAACAUUUGAAAGCCCUACUGAAGCAUAAAAAGCUGUGUUUCCAAAAGGAAAUUGAAAAUACCUUGAUCUUUUGCGAAGAUUGUGAUGAAUAUUUCAAGUCUCAUGAAGAUCUCAGCAUACAUGUCAAGAAAGAGCACCAAGAGCGCAUUAUUCAUUGUGACUCUUGUGAUGAAUCCUUCAUUUCCAAUGAGGAAUAUAUUAGUCACAGAAGAUUGAAGCACAAGGAAACUAAGAGCAAGGAAAGGAGUUAUAUUUGUGACAUAUGCAAUGAACAGUUUAGAUUCGUGAAAGAUAUUAUCAAACACUAUAGUAGUGUUCACUCCAUAGAAGAAAAGCUAGUAAAACCACAUAGUUGCAAUAUUUGCAGCAAACGAUUCAGAGCUUCCACAAAUCUCAAUAACCACAAACGAUAUCAUGAAAAAACUAGAAUGAAUAUAUGUAGUAUGUGUGGCAAUAGUUUCAAAACUAAAGGAGAUCUUAUAAGACACGAGACGCUCCACUUGAAUGAGAGAAAUCAUAAAUGUGAUAAAUGCGGAAAAGCAUUUAAAACGAUGGAUAAUUUACGUUUUCAUUGUCUGAUAGUCCAUACCGAUCAAUCAACUUGGAAAUUUGUUUGUCAUGAAUGUGGAAAAAGAUUUCCUCAGAAAUCUGGCUAUGAGCAGCAUCGAAAAAGACAUCUUGGAGAGAAAUCAUUUCUUUGUACACGUUGUGACAAAGCUUUCAUUACUAAUAAUGAAUUGCAAAAGCACAUGUUUCAUCACUCUAAUAAUAUGAAAUAUACGUGUGAUCAAUGUGGUAAAGAAAUCAAACACAAGAAAAGUCUUGAAAUACAUUUAGCCAGAACACAUGGUAUAGGAGAUGCAAAAAUACCUGUCAGAGAUAGGAAACAUGCUUGUGAUUUUUGCUAUGCGAAAUUCUAUGAUAAAUCGAAAUUAACCAGACACAUUCGCAUACACACUGGUGUCAGACCAUUUUCAUGUUUUGCUUGUAACAAAAAAUUCAACGAUAACUCUUAUUUGAAGCAACAUUUGAAGAAUUUUCAUCAAAUCAUUGAGGAUGCUGAUGGACUGAAUGAUCAUACAUGAUUUUUUAUAUUAGUCUGAAGAAAUCAGAAUUAUCUCCAUUUUAAUUCUUAAUAGCCAACAAUUGCGAAUGACGAUAAAAAACCAUCUAUAAUAAAUAACAUAUAAUCAAUCAAAAUAGAUGUUUUAUUCCACCAAACAAUAUUGUAAUCGAGAUGAAAA